ACAAUGGUGGUGUGCCCCAACGUCAAGCCUGUCCUUGUGAACGAGUCAUCGCCAUCAUCGGAGCCGUUGAUUGUCCAGUAUCGCUUCGAAAAUGACGAAGAAACCUUGAUCCUCAAGCAGCAGAUCGACACGCUCAAGUUCAUUGCCUACGGUGUUGUGUCGUUCGUGAUCAUCGCACUGGGCAUCGUAGGAAAUCUCAUCAACCUGAUCGUGCUGACGAGGCCAAACCUAAAAGGAGUCACCUUCGUGUACCUCACAUGGCUGGCCACGUCAGACCUAUUGACGCUUGUCGUUGCCGUGUUCUCGAUGUUGAGGCUGCAUGGCAUCCAGCCGCGCACGUACCCGGCCGCCUUCUAUUUCGCCCACGUCGAGAUGCCGCUGGUGAACGCCCUGAUGGCCAGCAGCGUCUUCAUUGUGGUGGCCGUCACCAUCGACCGCUACUGGUCGGUGUGCUUGCCGUUGCGAUAUAGGGAGUUCCACAACUCCAGGUGUACCAAGCUAGCCAUUAUCACGGCCUACGUUGCUGCUGGUCUUCUCUACGUGCCAGUGGCCUUCCAAAAGAGCCCUGUGCCGGUUUGGGACGAACUCGCCAACCAAACUCAGUACAUUCCGUGCGACAACGUGUACGUGUCGCGGCAGCCUGUCUUCAAGAUCUAUCUUCUCGUCAAGGAAGUCCUGGUGCGGAUAGGUCCGGUUCUUGUGGUGGCCGUGCUAAACACUACCAUCAUCGUUACGUUUCAUCGGUUUGUACGCAAACGUCAAAAGCUCAUGAGCAAUAGUAGCAAUAGGGACACCGGAAAGGUUCUCGAGGACCAGCGAUUGGUCAUCCUUUUGGCUGCCAUCGUCAUCAUGUUCUGUGUGUGCAUGACUCCUGCUGCUGUCCUCACGGUGCUCAUCAGUGACGACAAAGAACUCAACUACGGCUUCCAGUUGUUCCGUGCUAUUGCCAAUGAUAUGGAGAUGGCCAACUUUGCCAUGAACUUUUAUGUGUAUUGUCUGUGCAGUUCAGAAAUACGGGACACGUUUCUGAGGUUGUUUCGACUGAGUAAAUCAUCUCCAGACGUCAGCUACAUCCUCAACUCAAAGUCGCCCGCUGACGGAAGCACACACCUUUGACUGGACAGCGGCAACUUUCACGUGGUGUAUGCAUACUUGCCUAGUUGCUCUACUUUUUCCCGCCUUGUCGUCCAACUAAUCAGACAGACACAUUCAUUGUGGUUGUGGACACUGUAAAGUCGCUAGGAAGGAGGUCAUCCGAAAUCCGACACAAUGCUUGGUGUUGUUAACGCCAGACGAUGCUUAUGCUAUGAUCCUUAUGAAAUAAGAGCCUUCCUUGAUGGAAGCUCACCUGCUUAUGAUUACAGAUUUUAAUAUGUAAAAUUUUUAUCUGUGAAUAUUAAUGCUGGUAUUUGACGCUCUUCUUUCUAGCGGGAGAAAAUUAAACAUAUAUAUUUUGCUCUGACUUCUUGAAGAGUUGGCUUCAAAGUGUAUGUAAAUCACGAGUUAAUAUAGAAGAAAGUUGGACAUAAGAUAUAUUUCUUACAUAUAUGUUACAGAUCCGGGACUAUUGAAGGCGCCAUCGCCUUGAGAUAAGAAAAAAUAUAAAGUUAGUCACAUGCUUCAGUUGUUUAAAAUACUGGAUCGGUGAGUGACUGGGGUAUUGGAAGACUCGCACAUCUUUUUCAACUGGCAGUCAUGUUGUAUGUUAGAUUUUAGAAUGUCGUUACGCUGGACUUGUUGCACUCAAAGUUGUCUCUUGUAAUAUAGAUGUGUUUUGAGCACUUUAAGAAAUACAAACUACCAUAGUAAAAUAUUGGGAACAGGAGACUACUAAUCACUUGCUUCAUGGUCUCACAUAGUGACACUAUGAAAUAUUUGUUCGUUCUAUGCUUCUUAUUCCUUUUCAUGGUUUGCACGUAGACGUAUUUUACUUUCAUAGUGAAGUGUUGGGUGUUAGUAUUGGUAUUUAGUUUGACAAUGAGAGUAUCUUCUGCUGCUAAUAUUGGCUAUAUCCCUGGAGGUGGUAUUAUAAUAACUACACCGACCAUCUUUUUGUUUUGUUUGUGCGUGUGUGGAAAACUGAAGUGAAGAGGCUUUGAUGAGGAACAUCAUGCUCAUGCUUCACUGUAUGAAGCACUUUCCACGAGCAUAGUGUUUAGAAUCUUCUAUUACGCAUCAGGUAUCCUGAACCUCUACGAACUAUACGUGCAGGGUUUCGCCUUAUUUCUUUGUUUCAAGAAAUUUCUUCUGAUACUACACGGAUGUUGUAAAUUAAAUGUAAGUUCAUCAAAACAAAAGUGAGUCCUGAGGCAAGAACGAUUUUAUGAUAGGACACCAACUCCGCACAAGCGCACUUUAGCGUACCUGUCCUAACCUAGGUGUUACACUAGUUCUAGCAAUAUGUUACCUGAAAUGACUUCAAAAGGCACACAAAUAAAUUUUGUGUUUUAUUUAUUUUGAUGUUAAUGUGCUGCUAGUAUUAGUAAGUAGAUACCGCGGUCAUUUAGACGAUUUGGA